AUGGUGCAUCUUAACAUCAUAAGGGCGUUGAGCCCAAUGAAGCAACCAGCUACAAACCUGUGUUUGGAUUUGGAGAGGCUAUUAAUGUUCUUCAUUGUUAUUGAUGACAUAUGGGAUUCAAAAGUAUGGAACAUUAUCAAAUGUGCUUUGCUUGAUAACAAUCAUGGGAGCCGAGUAAUCACAACUACUCGUAUUCUCAAUGUCGCCACAGAGACCGGUGAUAUUUACAAGCUAAAACCACUUUCUCAACAUUUGUCCGAAGAACUAUUGUAUACAAGACUAUUUGGUGGUAAAGAUAAAUGCCCUUUUGAUCAACCGGCUGAAGUAUCAAGAAUUUUUUUACAGAAAUGUGGAGGUGUGCCAUUAGCUAUAAUUACAAUAGCUAGUUUGUUGGCUGGUAAACCUAUGAAGAACUGGUCUAAAGUAUUCAAAUCUAUUGGUUUUGGAUCUGGAGAUAAUAAUACAGAUGUAGAGAACACGAGGAAGAUAUUGUCAUUUAGUUAUUAUGAUCUCCCUUGUUAUCUAAGGCCUUGUCUCCUACAUCUGAGCAUAUACCCAGAAGACUAUUUGAUCAUGAAAGACAAAUUGAUAUGGCAGUGGGUAGCCGAAGGUUUCGUCAAUGAGGAACCAGGGGAGCAAAAUUUUGUUGCCAUAUUGGAUAGUAAUGAAGAGCACACACCUUCACAAUGCAAUGCCCGCAGGUUAGCUGUCCAAAAGAGAGUUGUGCCUCUCGCUAACAUGAGCAUGCCAAAACUGAGGUCGUGUGAUCCCAGUGCGAUGCCAUCACUUUCAAACUUCCAGGUGUUACGUGUUCUAGCCAUGGAAAAGUGUAGUUUUGAGAGAGACCGUCCUUACCAUCUUGAGCAUCUUGGGAGGUUAUCUCAGUUGAGAUACCUGAGUCUAGAGAGCGCAUGUAUUAGAAAGCUCCCAGAAGAAAUAGGAGAUCUGAAGUUUCUGCAGACACUGGAUUUGAGGGACACUUAUAUAAAAGAGUUACCACAGAGUAUUGGUUUGCUAAGGAAACUCAAGUGUCUGCGUGCUGACACGGAUGGUGUUGGUAUAACAGUGCCGAAUUGGAUAGGGAACCUGACAUCCUUGGAAGUGCGAGCCUUGAAGGAUGCCAGCGCUGAUUUUGACUUUAUUGGUAGCCUGGAGAACCUCCCUUCGCUUCAGAGAGUGCAUGCUAGCAUCCGCCGCGAUAAUGCAUAUGUUUGUGAUAUUGACAAGGUAAUAGACGAUGACAAAGAGGAUGAAGAAAAAUUGGACUCCGAGCAGAAAGAACAAGAGCCCCACUCCCAUGAUGAUGACAACCAUCCCGGCCCCCACCUAACAGAGAGCAACGUUGACGCUGCUGGUACAUCUCCUCCGGUACCUGAGCGGCGACGGACGUGGAGGCGGUGGGCGUGCUUCGCUUGCCUUGACUCGGGCAGCAGCAGUUCCGCCGCUGCACCUGCCACAGCAGGUUCAGACCAGUGUGGAGCUUCAGGACAUGGGAUUGAUCAGGCAGCAAAGGAUGAUAGUGAGGCUGCCCAGCCCUGA